GCGCAUGGACAUGCUGACCCGCCCUGGAACUACGACGCAGCCAGUUUGCCCAGAUCCAAGAGUGGAGACGGUCGCGGUUGUCGCGUGUGCCCAGGCGCUCGGCGACGCUGCUGCGCUCAGGACGCCUGGCCUGCGGCAGGCGCUCCUGCCUGCCGCGCUCCCGGCGGCGGUGGCGGCCCGCGUGCUGCCGCACGCGCUGCCGCUGGAAGGCGCGUGCCGCCCGGCGCACGAGUUCGUGGUCGCCAUGGCCGCCCGCCAGAUCGUUUCUGGCGCACGGACGCUCGAGGUUCCGGAGAUCGCGAGCGCGCUUCGGGGCGUGUUGGCUAUGCAGGCGCACGGCGGCGACUUCGCCCUCGAAUAUGCGGCGAAGGUGCUGCGGGCUCUCUGGCCGCGCGUGGCUCUCAAGCUACCCCACCUGGACCCGACCGAGCUCAG